AGAGUUUCGAAGCGACUUCAUCGACGGAGACCUAUUCUACUCUGCCCUGUCUGUUUUCUAUCUCUUCUCGCCAUACGCACAAACGCCAAGCAACCGUCUUAGCCCGUCAUGUCUGCCCCUCAUCAAGACGACAUGGACGAUGCGCCCGAGAUGCUCGACGUCGAUGAUGCGCUGGAAGAGGUCGAGGAUGUAGAGGGCGAUAUUGCGAUGGACUCUGACGACGACGAGCCCAUAGAGAUCAACAUCCACAACGACAGCGUCGCAUACUUCGACGCACACAAAGACUCUGUAUUCGCCAUUGCCCAGCACCCCACACAGCCGACCUUGAUCGCAACCGGUGGAAGCGAGGGUGAAGGGGAUGAUGCCCCAGGGAAAGGCUAUGUCUUCGACACGAGCCCCGUUGUUGGCCGACCCGUCCUGCCCCCGAGCUACAACGCCGACCCCAGUGCGCCACAGCAGAAGAGCAUCGGGCUCCAGCCAACUUUCACCAUCGAGGGCCACACCGAUUCCAUCAACGCACUAGCCUUUACGUUGCCUCGUGGCGAGUUCUUGGUAUCGGGCGGGCUAGAUGGUCGCUUGCGCGCUUAUCAGCUGUCGAUCGAUGCGCGAAACAAAGCAUCCUUCAAGUUCGUAGCCGAAUCACAAGAGGUACCCGAGAUCAACUGGCUCGCACCUUGUCCAGUGCCCCCCAACUCCGAGUUAGCCGUAGCAAACACGAUUGCGCUAGGAGCUUCCGACGGCUCCGUAUGGGUCUACACGAUUGAUCCCACCGAUGCCUCAAACCCACUUCAGAUUGUCCAGAGCUAUUUUCUGCAUACUGAGUCGUGUACUGCUGGUGCAUGGUCGCCGGAUGGCAAGUUUCUCGCCACAGUCUCCGAAGACAGCUCUCUUCAGGUUUGGGACGUCUGGGGCGAGGCCGCAGCCAAGGGUCUUACUAACGAUAAUGGGCAAACUGUUGUCUCGCUGAAUAGCUCUGACCAGCGGUUUGCCGUUGAAGGUGGAUUGUACUCCGUCGCCAUCGACCCAAAAACAUCUUUCGUCGCAGUUGGCGGCGCAGGAGGUGCCAUUAAGAUUAUCGGUCUACCACGCUUAGGUGUCGAUAGCAAUCCAGCUUCUAGUAAGCAAAGCAAGCCGAAAGCGAAGGGUGCUGAUGCGGGAGGCAGCCAAGGUGGUACAAUUCUAGCAGACUUGCACACUCAAGGCGAUGGUAUUGAGACCCUCAGUUUCUCGCCUAGCAACCCACUACUUGCCGCCGGUAGCGUCGACGGUAGCAUCGUCAUCUAUGAUACAUCACGCCGCUUUGCCGUGAGGAGACACAUCAAAGAUGCCCAUGAUGAAUUCAGUGUUGUUAAAGUCGACUUUGUCACGGGUCUCGGUGACGGCUGGCUGCUAACAAGUUGUGGCAUGGACGGUGUCGUCCGGCGAUGGGAUGUUCGCGGCGCAGCUGGUACCUCAACGGAGAGCAUGGUGAAGGAAUGGAAGGGUCAUCGUGGCGAUGGCGAAGGUGGCGGCGUAUUAGGGUUUGUUCAGGGUAGCACAGGUGAACGGAUAGUAACGGCAGGUGAUGAUGGUAUCGUUCUGGUGUUUGAGGCCUAGGAAGUCUGAAAUAUCACUACGUUUUAAUCAUUCCCACACCUUUAAUAUUCAAAGCGCAUUGGACAACAGGGGGAUGCUGUGCGGUCCAUCCUUAUUGUGGAUUGGCGUUAUGUGAUGGUAUUAUGCAUGCCAAUCAUCCCGACAUUUAACUCCUAGAAUUGUUCUGGUGAUCUCACGAUAUUACAGCUACA